AUGCUGUCGCGCUCGUCUUUCGGCCGGCAGGCACAGCGUGCUCUUCAGCGCCAAUGCCGUGCCCAGCCAGCGAACCGCAGAGGCCUUGCUGCUCCAGCUUCCGGCUCCUUCAACUACGACACCGGGGAUGCCUCAGGGAUCAAGUACGCUAGCAGAGACAUGUCUGGGCCGACGACGACGUUGGCAUUGGUGUCGAAGGCUGGCACGAGAUACCAAUAUCUCCCGGGGUUGACGGAGGGAUUGGAGAAAUAUGCGUACCGCGGCACCGAGCGAAGGUCCGCCCUGCGCAUUGUACGAGAAGCCGAGCUUCUUGGAGCGGAGCUCCAGACUACCCACUCGCGAGAGAGCCUUAUAGUUGGCGCGAAAUUCCUCAGGGACGACCUGCCGUACUUUGUGGAGCUCCUGGCAGAGGUUGCUACGAAGACCAAGUACCUCCCACACGUCUACCACGAAGAGGUUAUGCCUUUGAUUGCGCUUGCGCACAAGAAGUUCCUUGCCAGUACUAAGGAGAUGGCGCUCAGCUCUGUACAUGGUCUCGCAUUUCACCGUGGCCUUGGUACACCGCUGUACCCGUCCUCAUCCACGCCUUACACUAAAUAUCUUGAUGCCGACACCAUCGAAGAGUUCGCCUCGGCCGCAUACGCAAAGGGCAACUUCGCCAUCGUGGCUAACGGCGCUGAGCACUCCGAUCUGUCGAAAUGGGUUGGAGAGUUCUUCACCGACGUCCCGAGCUCAGGCGGUCAGUCGCUGCAGAGCCCGCAGACGAAGUACUAUGGUGGUGAGGAGCGGAUCGCUCAUGGCUCAGGGAAUACCAUGGUCCUUGCCUUCCCCGGCUCAAGCUCGUACACCGGUGGCUUCUACAAGCCGGAGAUCGCCGUGUUGGCAGCUCUUCUCGGUGGUGAAUCAAGUAUCAAGUGGUCCUCCGGCUUCUCUCUGCUCUCAAAGGCUGCCUCCAAGAAUCCUGGUGUAAGCGUCAAGACCAAGAGCGCAAUCUAUUCUGAUGCCGGUCUCCUCUACGUCAUUAUCCAUGGUUCGGCUAAACAGGUUGCUGGAACGGCGCAGGAGGUCGUCAAGACGAUCAAGAGCAUUGCGGGCGGGGAGAUUAGCAAGGAAGACAUCAUGAAGGCUAGGGCAUUAGCUAAGUUCAAGGAGCUCGAGCACGGUCAGACCAUCAUGGGCAGCUUGGAGCUUACGGGUGCUGGUCUUGUGCAAGGUGGCAAGCCGUACCAGCUCGACGAGACUGCGAAGGCAAUCGAUGGCGUGACCGAGGACCAAGUGAAGAAGACCGCCAAGUCGCUACUUGACUACAGGGCGUCAGUUUCGUCGGUGGGUGAUUUGUUCCAGCUACCUUUUGCGGAGGAGCUUGGUCUCAAGGUGUAA